ACAAGAAGAAGAGCGAACGGGUUGCGGCGACUUGACAAACUUUUGGUGCGAGAUAUAUGAACAAGAUAACCCGCGCAACUGAUAAGCACAGCGGAUAGGCGCACUUGUAAUGCUAAAAAUGUCCGCGAGAGUCUUUGUCUAUGGCACGCUAAAGAGCGGUGAGCCGAACCAUCACUGGCUAACAAAAAAGGAGAACGGCCAGGCGCAAUUUCUGGGGCGUGGGACAACGGCAGUGAAGUUUCCACUGGUUGUCGGUACCCGGUACAACAUUCCAUUCCUUUUGGCCUGGCCCGGCGAUGGCCACAACAUACACGGCGAGAUCUAUGAGGUGGACGAGGCCAUGUUCUCAAAGUUGGACCAGCUGGAGGACUACCCAAACUACUACGAUCGUGAGGAACAGACCAUACGGACGGAGACAGAGGGAAAUUUGCAGUGCUGGCUAUACCUAAUACGGCAAUUUCCGGUGAAGAUGCUGGCCAAGCCGCAACUGAGUGCGUACCACAAUACACCCGAGCAGCCGUACAGUGAGAAGUCAGUGCGGGAUCCCGCCAUUUCGGCCAAAGACGAUCUAUCUUACUGAUGUGCACUCUCUUGCAGCUAUGCGGACAGCCGUCCGGAAGAUCUUGUCGAUGAUGAUUAACACAAAACGAGACCCGCGAGGUUAUACAAAAGUAACGUUUAUAAACGGAUUUCAACGCAUGGCUAUUAUUCAUAUUCUAUUACAUUGACUCCAUACUUCAAAAAUGCAAAACGAAA